CGUUUCCUGUAUCUGGCAGUACCCAUGGAAGGCAUCCCGAGGACGACGGUUCGUCCAAAACCCUUUCGACGUCCUCUUCGCAACCGAGAUCCAGAGCUCCAGGCUGCAGGGAUCGCGCGGUUCUUCCUCCGAUCGAAAUCUCUUCAAGCUCGUCGACGAGUUCUGGAACUCUACUGACGAAUCGAAGGCAAUGGAUUCUUCUGUUGCACUUUUCAACCAGCUCAAGGCUGCAGAACCAUUUUUCGUACUAGCAGGCCCUAAUGUUAUUGAAUCUGAGGAGCAUAUACUGAAGAUGGCCAAACAUAUAAAAGCCAUCACAUCAAGGCUCGGUUUGCCCCUAGUGUUCAAGUCAAGUUUUGACAAAGCUAAUCGUACUUCAUUGAAAUCAUUCCGAGGUCCUGGUUUGGAGCAAGGCUUGAAGAUUCUUGAGAAGGUAAAAGUGGCAUAUGAUCUUCCUAUAGUAACUGACGUGCAUGAGAGCAGCCAGUGUGAACUUGUUGGAAGAGUUGCAGACAUCAUUCAAAUUCCAGCUUUUCUGUGCCGUCAGACUGACCUUCUAGUAGCAGCAGCAAAGACUGGAAAAAUAAUAAAUAUUAAGAAAGGCCAGUUUUGUGCCCCUUCAGUUAUGGUGAAUUCUGCAGAAAAGGUUAGACUUGCAGGCAACCCAAAUGUAAUGGUUUGUGAGCGAGGCACCAUGUUUGGGUACAAUGAUUUGAUCGUUGAUCCACGGAAUUUGGAAUGGAUGAGGGAAGCAAAUUGCCCUGUUGUAGCAGAUGUUACACAUUCACUACAGCAACCUGCAGGGAAGAAGCUUGACGGCGGUGGUGUUGCAAGUGGGGGACUGCGUGAACUAAUACCGUGUAUUGCAAGGACUGCAGUUGUUGUUGGUGUGGAUGGAAUUUUUAUGGAGGUACACGAUGAUCCCCUUAGUGCACCGGUUGAUGGUCCAACCCAAUGGCCUUUGCGCAAUUUGGAGGAGCUACUCGAAGAGCUCAUCGCAAUCGCUAGGGUCACCAAGGGGAAAAAGGCAUUCAAAAUUGAUCUUACACCUUUCCGCGAUUGAAGUGAUGAUACCGGCAGAACACGAAGGCAUAAAUCAUUUAUUUAGCUGCAGUUUAUCCAUCCACUCACUCUCAAGGGAAUAACCAGACUUUGGUGCGUUUGUGCAUUUGUUUGUUCGGCCUAGUACAAGAACCAUGUCUUAUCAAAUGUAACAUUUUGCUCAUCAAUUUGUUGUUUCCUAUUUUUUAAGGAGUACUUAAA